AUGGACGCGGACGGAGGCGAUUUUCUGGGCGGCGCGGCGAGGGAGACGGCCGCCGGCCUGGGCGCCGCGCCGACGGAGUCCCCCGCCGGCCUGGCCGCCGCGGAGAUGGAAGGGGCGGUUCCCGCCGGCCUGGCCGCCGCGCCGCGGGUGGCCCCCGCCGGCCUGGGCGGCGCCUCGCGGGCGGCACCCGCCGGCCUGGCCGCGGCGCCUCGGGCGGACCCCUUCCUUUCCUCGGCUCAUCCUCAGGGCACAAUUUUGGUAGGGGCCCAUGCCGCCCAGAGGUUGCUUGCCGGCGCCGCCGGCCAGGGGAACUUGGGCGGCGCGGAUUGGGCCGGCAUCGCCGCGCAGGAAGGGCCCCUCGGCGCCGUCGGUCAAGGGCCCCUGGGCGCCGACGGUGAAGGGCCCCUCGGCGCCGGCGGUCAAGGGCCCCUGGGCGCCCGCACCAGGGGGGGUUGGGGGGCGAGGAAGAAGGCGACGGGGAGAUGGCCGGCGGCGGAUGAGGUGGCCUGGGCGGCGGCGCAAGAGGUGGUCUGUGCGGCGGCGCAAGAGGUGUACUGGGCAGCGGCGCAAGAGGUAUAG